AUGGCUCCUGCUCUGUUCAGUCCCAUCAAUGUGGGAGACACUCACCUGCUCAACCGGGUCGUUAUGGCUCCAUUGACCCGAUUUCGAGCUGAUGAGGGAGGUGUUCCCUCUGAUCUUCAGAAGGACUACUACGUCCAGCGAUCCCAGACCCCUGGCACUCUUCUCGUUGCUGAGGCAACCUACGUUUCUCCUGGUGCAGGCGGCAUGAAGACCUUUGGAGGCCAUGUUCCUGGUCUGUGGAACGAGGCUCAGAUUGCUGGCUGGAAAAAAGUGAUUGAUGCGGUCCAUGCCAAGGGAUGCAAGUUCUACAUCCAGCUGUGGGAUCUCGGCCGAACUGCCAACCAGCAGGUUCUGGAGAAGGAAGGACUGCCCUUCACUGGUCCCUCUGCUAUCCCUCAGAAGGGAGACAAGUUUGGAGACAAGAUCCGAGCCCUUACCGUGCCUGAGAUCAAGCAGAAGAUCAAGGACUACGCCACCGCUGCUGAGAAUGCAAUCAAGGCCGGUGCUGACGGAGUUGAAAUCCACUCGGCAAACGGUUAUCUGCCCGAUCAGUUCAUUCACUGGAAUUCUAAUCACCGAACAGACGAGUACGGAGGAAGUAUAGAAAACCGAUGUCGGUUUUCUCUGGAGAUCGUGGACGCCAUUUCUGCCUCCAUCGGUUCAGACAAACUGGCGAUCCGACUGUCCCCCUGGACCGACGUUCAGGACGUCGAGGUUGAUCAGGUCAACACGCUCCCCACUUUUGAAUACAUCUUCCGUCAGCUCCAAAAGCGAGCAGACAAUGGCCAGAAGCUAGCCUACGUGCAUCUCAUUGAGCCCCGAGUCAAUGGCACCAAGACCAAGCGGGAGGAUAUUGCGUGGCAGACCAACGAGCCUUUCCGAAAGAUCUGGAAGGGUCCUCUUGUUCGAGCUGGAGGUUUCACUCGAGAAACUGCUCUCGAGGCUGCGGCUUCUGACCCCCUUACUCUGGUUGCGUUCGGCCGAUUCUUCAUCAGUACUCCCGAUCUCGUUGAACGACUGGAGAAGGACGAGAAGCUCAAUCCUUACAAUCGAAAGACUUUCUACUCCUCCGGUCCAGUUGGAUACAUUGACUAUCCCACUUACGAAAAGGCCAAGUUGUAG